GUUGGGAAAGCUCGGGCUCAAGUCCGCUGGCCAAUCAGGGGCAGCCAGACAACUCUAAACUGCAGCUAGUUCUGCGCCCAGGCUUACGCCACUUGCAGGCGGCUAGUCAACGGUAAACUACAGCAGACGUGCCAGGCGCUCAGCAUCGCCAAAUUAUUUUUUGACGUCGACAACCGAACCUCGAACCCCCUCAACACCAGAAAGCAGCGCCCGCCCAACGACACUCACACUCGCGCCCAAACCGAAGCACGCGCCAAGGCCGCCACGAUGCCCGUGGUCAAGGGGGGCGUGUGGACCAACAUCGAGGAUGAGAUCCUCAAGGCGUCGGUUAGCAAGUAUGGCCUGAACCAGUGGGCGCGCGUCUCGUCGCUGCUCGCCCGCAAGACGCCCAAGCAGUGCAAGGCGCGAUGGAACGAAUGGCUCGACCCCACGAUCAAGAAAACAGAAUGGAGCAAGGAGGAGGACGAGAAGCUGCUGCACCUGGCCAAGCUGAUGCCCACGCAAUGGCGCACCAUCGCCCCCAUCGUCGGCCGCACCGCCAACCAGUGUCUGGAGCGAUACCAGCGCCUUCUCGACGAGGCCGAGCAGCACGAAGAGUCAUCGCUCGGCCUCACAGGCCCUGACGGCGGCGAAGCCCAAGCGCCCUCUGCCGAUGACGUCCGCCGUCUGCGGCCCGGCGAGGUCGACCCCGACCCCGAGACCAAGCCAGCCCGCCCCGAUACCAUCGAUCUUGACGAGGACGAGAAGGAGAUGUUGAGCGAGGCGCGCGCCCGUUUGGCCAACACACAGGGUAAAAAGGCCAAGCGGAAGGCCCGCGAGCGCCAGCAGGAUGAGUCGCGCCGGCUGGCCUCGCUGCAGAAGCGCCGCGAGCUCAAGACGGCUGGCAUCAACAUCAAGGUGACGACGCGCAAGCCCGGGCAAAUGGACUACAAUGCCGACAUCCCCUUCGAGAAGAAGGCCGUGCCGGGAUUCUACGACACGAAUGAGGAAAUUUCGCGCAACGAGUACCAGCGUGCCAACUUCGAUCCCAAGAAGCACCAGGUCGGGAACAAGCGCAAAGGGGAGCCGGACGAGGACGCGGACCGUAAGCGCCGGAAGAACGACAAGGAUGGGCCCUCGGCAUCUCUGCAGGCUGCUCUUAAGGCCGGCCAGCUGCAAAAGCUGCGCGAGGCAGAGCAGAGCAGCAAGCGGCGGGCGCUGGCUCUGCCCGCCCCCCAGGUGAGCGACGGCGAGCUCGAGGAAAUCGUCAAGAUGGGCAUGAUUGGCGAACGGGCCAACAUGCUGGCCCGAGAGAGCGAUAACGAUGCCACCCGGGGGCUGGUGACGAGCUACCCGACACUCAACUCAGGAGCACCCAUCCGCACGCCCAUGGCGCCCGCCCAAGAGGACCACAUCGCCAACGAAAUCCGGAAUAUUCGCGCUCUAACACAAACAACAUCCUCACUGCUGGGUGGCGAAAACACCCCACUCCACGAAGGUGUCGGCUCGACGGGCUUCGACUCGGUCGCGCCGCGCAGACAGGUCGUGUCGACGCCAAACCCGCUGGCCACGCCCUUACGGUCGGGCGCUACGGGAGUUGGGGCUACACCUCUUCACGUUGGCCAGACGCCGCUGCGUACGCCGCGCGACAGCUUCGCGCUCAACGCUUCCGGUGAUGCCGACAUGGCCAUAGUCGGCGGCACGCCCAACGAUGCGCGUAUGCGUGAGCUGUCGAUCCGCCACCAGCUCAAGCAGGGGCUGGCCAGCCUGCCCAAGCCCAAGGAAACCGAAUGGGAGCUGGAGCUGCCAGAAGGCGACCAGCCCGAGGUGCAGACGACUGAGGAGCUUGAGGAGGACGCUGCCAUCCGAGACCGCCGUGACCGUGAGUUGCGCGAGGCCCGCGAGCUGCUGGAGCGAAAACGCCGCACACAGGUCAUGCAGCGGGACCUGCCGCGGCCCGUCGCCGUUGACUACGACGCUCUCGUGCAGGAGGCUACUUCGUCGUCAAAGGCGUCAGCAGACCCGGCUGAGUCUCUCAUUGCCCGCGAGGCCGCCCUCCUGGUGGCCCACGAUGCCGCCCGCUACCCGCUUCCCGGUGCCCCUACCGCAAACGGCUCGCACGGCAAAUUCGUUGAUAUACCCACCAUCGACGACGCAGCGCUCGCCGAGGCCCGCCUGCAGAUUCUUAUGGAGAGCAGCAAAGACCAGCCACAGUCUGAGCAGAUACAGGCGGCGUGGGAGAAGGCCAGCAAAAACAAGAAUGCUCUUCUCCUUGGUCUCGGGUGCUAUGACGACGACGACGACGAUGAAAGUGAUAGCCAAGUGCUUGCCACCAUGCAAGCCGCACUUGAGGAAACAAUCGACACGAUCCUCGAGUCAGCUGAGAAGGGCAAUAAGCUCGAGAAGAAGCUGAACCUGCACCUGGGCGGGUACAAGAAGCGGGCGGCGGGGCUGCGGCAGAAGACGGGCGAGGCGCACGACGCGCUCGAAACGGCCCGCUCCGCCCUGGCCGGCUUCACGGUGCUGCAGGCGUCGGAGCAGGCCGCCAUCAAGCGGCGGCUGGCAGCCCUGCGCGCCGAGGUCGGCUUCGUCAGCACCCGCGAGCGCGAGGCCCAGGACCUGUACCGCCGCACCAAGCUCGAGCUCGACGAGCUGCUGGCGUCGCAGCCGCAUCAGGGCACUAACGGGGUGGCUGCCGUCGAGAAUGGGGUGACGGCGGGGCAUUACUAGACACCUAGGUAGCCAGCUGGUGUGAGAUGGUGGUGAAAGUGGAAGUCGAGUGGGUGGUGAGCGGGCGGAAUGGAAAGAGAAAGGGGCUGUAAAAAACAGAGAGGCAGGCAUAAACACGGGACAGUGUGCAUGCAUUGCAUGUAUGUGUGGGUAGAUUGACAGCAAAAGCACGGCACACUUUGAUGGACGGGCGGUCUCGGUCAGUCAGUCAAUCAGCCAGCCAGUGUGCCAAAAGGGCGUCAUUUGCUUUUUUAACUGAUGCAUCAUUUGUUUUAUUAUUCCAUGCCUGUGAUGGUCCCCCUUUCGUACCGUCUUUCUUUCAUAAUGCAUACCUACCUACAUACCUACCUAUAUUGUAAUGACGGUGGAAUUGGCGAUAUUAAGCCCCCCUUUAAGGCCUACUGUACCACGCUGCUGCCGGC